AUCACCACUACUAAAAAUUAUGGAAAUAAUAAAAAUAAGCCUAUGUUUAUUUCUUCUUUUUAAUUGUUGUUUCUCUCAAAUAGAGCAACAACAAAGUUUCUUAUGGCAAAAGCUUCAAUACCAGCAGCAACACCGGCGCGGCCGAGCUAAAACUGAUUGUCGGAUCUCGAGCCUUAAUGCUCGAGAACCGACUUAUAAGUUUAACUCGGAGGCUGGGACCACCGAGUUCUGGGAUAGGAACUCGGAGGAAUUUGAAUGCGCCGGAGUUGCUGCUGUGAGAAAUGAUAUUCAGCCUAACGGGUUGUUAUUGCCUCAUUACAAUAAUGCCCCUCAACUCCUCUACAUUGUCCAAGGAAGUGGAAUUUUGGGGACAGUGAUACCAGGAUGUGCUGAAACAUUUGAAUCACCACAAAGAGAGAAAAGCAUGAGAGGAGAACAAGGCAGAUCAGAGGGAGGAAGUCAAUACCGAACAGGCGGUGAUCGCCAUCAGAAAGUCAGGCAAUUCCGACAAGGCGAUGUACUUGCAUUGCCCGCCGGAAUCACACUUUGGUUUUAUAACAAUGGACAAGAACGGCUUGUUACUGUCGCCUUGCUUGAUGUUAGCAACCCUGUUAACCAACUCGAUCUCCAAUUCAGGCAUUUCUUCCUAGCGGGAAAUCCAAAUCCCAAAGGACUAAGUGGAAGUAGGUAUGAAGAAGAAAUCCGAAGUCGAAAAGAACAUGAACAAGGUGAACAACCACAACAACAACAAUCGGGCAACCUAUUCGAUGGAUUCGAUCUAGAUAUCCUUGCCUAUGUUUUCAAUGUGGAUCGCAAUUUGGCCAAGAACUUGCAGGGCCGAGAAGAUCAAAGGGGACAAAUUAUUCGGGCCGAGAACUUUGAAGUUCUCAGCCCAGAAUUCGAAGAAGAAGAGCAAUCACACAGGCCCGGAAAAGGAUCACAGCCCAAUGGGCUUGAAGAAACUAUUUGUGCUAUGAGGUUAAGAGAGAACUUGGGCCGCCCGUCCCGUGCUGACGUGUACAAUCCACGUGGAGGACGCGUCAGCACCCUCAAUAGCCAUAAGCUUCCAAUCCUCAAUUGGCUACAACUCAGUGCUGAGAAAGGAGUCAUGUACCAGAAUGCAGUAAUGGCGCCAUACUGGAACCUGAACGCCCACAGCAUCAUCUACAUCAUCCGAGGGACGGGACGGAUUCAGGUAGUCGGGGACACUGGUAACUCUGUCUUCGACGAUGAGGUCAGGGAGGGACAAAUGAUAGUCGUGCCACAAAAUUUCGCGAUAAUGAAAAAGGCAGGUGACCAAGGACUCGAGUACAUCGCGUUCAAGACCAACGAUCAAGCGAUGACAAGCCCGUUAGCCGGGCGUUUAUCGGCUAUCUGGGCCAUGCCAGAGGAAGUGUUGAUGAACUCUUAUCAAAUUUCCAGGCAAGAAGCUAGGAGCUUGAAGUAUAAUAGGGAAGAAACUUGUGUUUUUGCUGGAAGAAAGUCAACGGGAUAUUCAACUAGGGCAAUGGAGUAUGCGUUGACUGCUGUUGAGGCUUUUUUAAAAGUCUAAUUAAUUAAGUUUGUGUUUUGAAUAAUAAUAAUAAUAGUAGUCAAGGACGUAAAGUUUAUGUGAGUAAAUGAGUUUUUGAUGAAGUUAUUAUGACAAUAAAUGAGUUAGAGUGGUGACUUUUU